AUACCCUGAAUCAUAUUAGGCAAAUUCAGUCUACAACUUAAUAUACAUAGGAUUUUGAUAUUUUCCAAACUUUAUAUAUACAAUUUAUAAUCUUCAAACCUAUCACCUAUAAUAAUCUAUAAUCUACAAAUUAGUCAACAAUGGUGAAAUUUCUAAACCCUCUUGAAAGUCUAGCUAUCUCCCCAAGUUUCUAAUUCUAUCUACUUCAUAAUUUUCUCCACCCACCAACUAAAGUAUAAGCCUUGGAAAAAAAAAUCAAAAUAAGAUAUUCUAAAAGUCCUUUAUUCCCUCAUAUAAUACAUCAGAAGUUAGUAACCAAUUUUGUUCACUUUCCUUUCCCAUCCACUGAAGAAAAAAGGCUUCACAAUGAGCUCCAACGACAGAGAUCCUCACUGGUUUAACUCCCAACACCACUCGUUCUGGCCUAAUCCGUCUAGUUACGAUCUUAACAGCAAGAUCAUGCUAGCCGCAGUGGCUUCUUUAUCCGGAGUUAUCCUCAUCGUCUUCGCUCUUCAUCUCUACGCAAGAUUCGUUCUCCGCCGCCGUAGAGAAGCUUUCCGUGGUCUCCCCGUCGUGUUCCGCCACUCUUUUGAGAUGCCAAAGCGUGGCCUCAAUCCGGCAGUCAUCGCUUCUCUCCCUACUUUCACUGUUAGAACCACUGAUGGCGUGGCUACAUCCGCUACUGAAUGCGCAGUGUGUCUAAGCGUCUUAGAGGAGCAAGACACGGCAAGAGAGUUGCCCAAUUGCAAGCACAUCUUCCACGUCGACUGUGUUGACACUUGGCUCACCACUUGCCCCACUUGUCCUGUUUGUCGGACCGAAGUUGAGCCAAGACCGAGACUUGAGCCUGAGCCAAGGGAAGGACCAGUGGGUACUGCACCGCCGUUGUUGGAGGAAACCAGGCUGAAUUUGACAGUAGAAGCGGGGACCUCUUCUUCCUCGGAUAACAAAACAGUUGCGUCCUCGGCUUCGCGAUUAAAUUCGUUUAGGAAGAUCUUGACAAGGGAAAGAUCUUCGAACAGGAUCAAUCAUUCUUGUGUUGACCAAGAUCGUGUAGCGGAUCUUGAGAGACAUUGAGUUGACAUAGCGAUACAUAUAAUGCAUAUAAAUCAUAUACACACAUCGAUAAUCUUUAAUUUAUACUAUACCUUCCUUUCUUUCUUACUAAAUCAUUCUCUGUUUUUGGUUUUGGAUAGUUUUGUGUAAUGGAACACUAUUUAUAUGCUAGUCAAGAGCAUGAGUGUAACUA